AUGCGUCUUGGGCGCUGGAGUUUUGGAUUGUGGUGUUGCUUCAGCUGGAGGGUGUUCUCCGAGCCGAACCCACCUGUGUGGCCACAAGCGGUCCAUAUCUUUGCCCCUGAGGAUGCAGAGGAUCGGAAUCUGACCGCAGAGAUCGCUACACUUUUGAAGGAUCUCAACAAUGUCACCACAGGGCACUACAGCUCCGAGCGCAUCGCCUUGUUGUUCAAACCUGGCUCCUAUGACGUGGACAUCGAGGUGGGUUACUAUGUGCAGGUCCUGGGACUGGGGCGACGUCCCCAAGAGGUGGCCUUCACUGGCAGGAACGGAGUUUAUUCUCCGCCCAUGGGUGAGUCUCCGGAUCCCGGAUCGCUGGAUAACUUUUGGCGGAGUGCUGAGAAUUUUCAUCAAAAGUCCUCUGAGGGCAUGCUUUGGGCCGUAUCCCAAGCAUGUCCGCUGCGACGAGUGCAUGUAGACAGGAAUCUCUCCCUUUUUGCCCCAAAGGCUUGGGCAAGUGGAGGAUACCUGGCAGAUGUGCAUGUAGAUGGAUACACUAGGCUUGGAGGGCAGCAGCAGUGGAUUAUGCGCAACUCCAAUAUUUCCACUCCGAAUGCGAGUAUCCUCGGUGGGCAAUGGAACAUCGUCCUUGUGGGCUGUACAGGUACACCUCCCACAACUCUGCCACACAGCGGCUCUGUUGCAGCACUGACCAAUGUGGCUUUGACCCCUGUGGUGGCCGAGAAGCCUUUUAUUUCAAUCGAUUCUUCUGGGCUUUUCUUUUUGGAAAUCCCGGAAUAUAGAUACCUAUCAGUUGGCCCCAGCUUCCAGGAGGAAGGAGGUACCACUGCGGUGCCCUUCAGUGAAGUUUAUGUGGCCAGGAGCAGCGAUGCCAGCAGUGCCAUCCAAGCCAAGUUGGACUUGGGAUUGCACGUGGUGCUAACGCCAGGCAUCUACAACCUCACUCAGCCCUUGACCUUGAGUACCAGUGGUCAGGUCCUCUUGGGCAUCGGAAUGGCCACCCUGGUGGCGCCCAAAGAUGGCCGGCCCUGUGUCUACGUCAAGGGUCUUGCGAAAGGGGUUCGAGUGGCUGGGCUGAUGCUGCAGGCGGCUGCUUCCAAGUCGACUUUAAAGGUGGUGCCAUUGAGCAGCUUGCUGGAAUGGGGUGAAGCGGGCGAACUCAGCAGCGGUGAUGCUGCCGCACCAGGAGUCUUGUCAGACAUCUUUGCCCGCGUGGGUGGACCCGACUUCGACCGAUCCAUAGGUGUGGAUGUGGUUCUGCGGAUCCACUCAAAUCAUGUGGUGGGUGACAACUUGUGGAUUUGGAGAGCAGAUCAUGCCUUCCUGGAUCCAGACCAAGGUCCGCAGAAGGAUCCUCAAAACUCACUGGUGCCGCUCAAAGACCGAGUUCCCAAAGGAAGCGAGUACUACUUGACUGCCAUGGGUGACUAUCCGGCCAAGGUUGGUGUGCAAGUGAAGGGAGACUUCGUGACCAUCUACGGGUUGGCAGUGGAACACUUCACCCAAGACAACACCGUGUGGGAAGGUGAAGCUGGAAGGGUUUAUUUCUAUCAAAACGAGCUUCCCUACGAUGUAGAUCAGGAGAACUUUGGGGACAAGCACUAUGCCGGCUAUCGGGUGGCCUCGAUGGUCCAGCGACAUGAAGCUCAUGGUGUAGGCGUUUAUAGCUACUUCCGUGACUUCCAAUGCUUGGUGCGUAGCGGCUUUGUGGCGCCCAGCACAGAUGGGGUUCGCUUUACGAAUAUUUUCACGCGUUUCCUGAAUGGAGAGCCAGGAAUUGAACACGUGCUCAAUGACCAGGGCAGUGCUGUGAUGGGUUUUUCCGAUCCCAUGAGUCGCUUACCCACGUCCGUCCAAGGGCCAGGCCCCACAGCAGCUCCAAAACAUCGAGGGAUGUCUCUUUGGAGCUUGAUGUUGGGCACGGCGAUCAUGGGACUUUCACUGGGUUGGCUUUCCAGCUUCUUCUUUGUCCGCUGGAGAUCCAGACAACGAGGCGCAUUUAUCGAUGGUGCUUCCGACUCAGAGUCUGACAAGUGCUGA